CUGUCUACCAACAGUAUAUGGGUUUCUACAGACCAUGAUGAAAUUGAGAAGGUUGCAAAGCAGUUUGGUGCUCAAGUUCAUCGCAGAAGCCCUGAAGUUUCUCAAGACUCCUCAACUUCUCUAGAAGCUAUCAGGGAGUUUCUUAAUCAUCAUCAUGAGGUUGAUAUUGUAGGAAAUAUUCAAGCAACAUCUCCCUGUUUACAUCCCAGUGAUCUUAUAAAAGUGGCAGAUCUGAUCCAGAAGGAGGGGUUUGAUUCUGUCUUCUCAGUUGUGAGACGGCAUCAAUUUAGAUGGAGCGAGGUAAAAAAAGGAGAAAACAAAAUGACAGAGCCCCAAAACUUGAAUCCAGCAAAACGAUACCGGAGGCAAGAUUGGCCUGGGGAGCUGUAUGAAAAUGGCUCAUUUUAUUUUGCCAAGAGACAUUUGAUUGAGAAAGGCUACUUGCAGGGUGGUAAAAUGGCCUAUUAUGAAAUGCGUGCAGAGCACAGUGUGGAUAUUGAUAUAGACAUUGAUUGGCCUAUUGCAGAGCAGAGAGUAUUGAGCUUUGGAUAUUUUGGCAAAGAGCCAUUAAAAGAGGUGAAGCUAUUGGUUUGCAGUAUUGAUGGAUGCCUGACAAAUGGUCGCAUUUAUGUGACAGAAGAUCAGAAGGAAAUGGUCUCCUACGAUUAUAGAGAUAUUAUUGGUAUCGAUCUAUUAAAGAAAAGAGGAAUCCAGGUUCGACUCAUCUCUGAAAGAGAUUGUUCAAAAACACUGUCAGCUAUGCAGCUGGGAUGUGUAGCAAAAGUUAGUGCAACAAAUAAAUUGCAAGUCCUGGAGGACUGGCAAAAAGACAUAGGUUUGAGCUGGAAAGAAGUCGCUUACUUGGGAAAUGAAGAGUCUGAUGUGGAAUGCCUGAAGAAAGCUGGCAUGAGUGGUGUGCCUGCUGAUGCUUGUGCAGUUGCUCAGAAGGCUGCUGGUUAUAUCUGCAAAAACAAUGGUGGCUGUGGAGCUGUGCGGGAGUUUGCAGAACACAUAUUCCUGUUGUUAGAAAAAGUGAACUCUGCAAGAAAGCAAAUGGAAGAAAUGAGUUAUGGGGUGAUUUAUGAUGAAUUUGUAUACUGUAAAUCAUACACUUCCAAGUUCACGUGCCCCUCGAAUGGCUCAUACCUGAUGAAGGUGGACAAAUUUAAUGCCCAACUUAAUCACAAGCACACAGAGUCGGUUACUCAAAAUCUUCAUCUUGAUCUGGUCUUGGAGGCAACUCUUGAGUGUUUUGUGUGUGUGGUUAUACCCUCUUAA